AUACCAUCAAAACCUACCACCAACCAAUGUCCGCCGAACCAAAGCCCGAGGAGCUCCCCACUCCCGUAGUCGCCCCAACCCCACUGCCAAGGAUAAUCUGGCCCCAACUGCCAGUGCUUGUCUCUACUUGGUUCUUGUCUUUGAUUUUAGUCUCCCAACUUGCGGUAAGCGGGAAAUGGAGCAGCUGGUCAGGGGGGCUUGCCGUGUUAGCGAUACUGGUCAACGUCGGGGGGAUGUUCCUCUCCCGUCAGAUAUGCUCUAGGCACCGCGCACAAAUCGCAUCAGGGAACAAACGCGUGUUCUACCGGGUUCUGUUCCUCACAGGCGCUAUCUUUCUGGGAGUAGCCGCCCUUUGGUGGGCGGUAUACACGACCACCUCCUCCGACCUAGUGUGUUUCCCCCGCCAACCUGCUGCUCGGAAUCAUGAGCGAGAAACGCGCUCCCAACUCCCCUCAACCUCCCUUCUGACGCAUGCCGUCCGCUGGCUCUUAGCGUCCGAAACGGAGGACACGUGCCAUCUGCCGGUGCUCACUGCUAGACUUAGUUUUGUCAACUUCUGGAUAUUGAUCUUGGGGCACGGGGUGGGGACGCUGCUGCGUCUCUCUGGGUGUGGUGCGUGAGAUGACUCUGGUGCUGAACCCAGUUGGAGAGGAGCGGAGAGAGAGUAGAUAUCGGCUUGAGGAGUUGGAGGAUUAUACCCCGGAUGUACUGGAUACUGAACACAGAAA